GCCAAGGCUGACGUGCAGCGGGGAAGCGGCGAUGGCGGCCGCCUGGGAGGAGAUUCGGCGCCUGGCUGCCGAUUUUCAGCGGGCGCAGUUUGCCGACGUGGCCCACAGAUUGUCAGAACGGAACUGUAUAGAAAUUGUCACUAAACUGAUUGCAGAGAAGCAGCUGGAAGUAGUGCACACACUUGAUGGAAAAGAGUAUGUCACUCCAGCACAGAUUACUAGGGAGAUCCAAGAUGAACUUCACGUUUCUGGUGGUCGAGUAAACAUUGUUGAUUUACAACAGGUAAUAAAUGUGGACCUUUUGCACAUUGAAAACAGAGCUAAUGACAUUGUUAAAUCAGAAAAAACAAUCCAGCUUGUACUGGGACAGCUUAUAAAUGAGAGUUACCUGGAUCAACUCGCUGAAGAAGUAAAUGAUAAACUACAGGAAACUGGCCAGGUGACAGUAUCAGAGCUCUGCAAGGCAUACGACCUUCCAGGAGACUUCCUGAUACAGGCACUAUCCAGACGUUUGGGUAGAAUUAUUCAUGGACAACUAGACCAGGAGAAUCGUGGGGUGAUUUUUACGGAAGCCUUUGUGUCCCGGCAUCGAGCGCGCAUUCGCGGUCUCUUCACUGCAAUUACUCGGCCUACAUCUGUAAGCAACUUGAUCACUCGAUAUGGAUUUCAAGAACAUUUACUUUACUCUGUUCUAGAAGAACUUGUUAACUCUGGUCGUAUAAAAGGAACCGUGGUUGGUGGGAGACAGGAUAAUGCUGUAUUUAUUCCAGACAUCUAUGCCAGAACUCAGAGCAACUGGGUGGAUUCCUUUUUCAAGCAGAAUGGUUACUUAGAAUUUGAUGCACUGCACAGACUUGGCAUCCCUGACCCAGCAGGCUACAUUAAAAAAAAGUACAAGUCCGCACAACUCUUAUUUCUGAGAGCAGCUUGUGUUGGUCAAGAAAUUGUGGAUCAAGUUGAAGCCUCUGUAGAGGAAGCUAUCAGCUCUGGAAACUGGAUAGAUGUGGCAACUCUUCUCCCCAGUUCAUUGUCAGUAGAAGAUGUUGGGAUUUUGGUUCAGCAAGUCAUGAGAUCUUUAAACAAAAAUUCUGCAGGUUUAGUCUUCAGUGACACCAUUGUGGUCAGCGAGAAAUUUCUAAGCAGCUGUCUUGAUCUGUUUUCUGAUAUGAUGCAAAAGAGAGCUGAAAAGGAAAUGAAAAACAAUCCUGUUAAUUUAAUCACUGAAGAAGACUUAAAACAGGCUUCUGUUUUAGAUGGCUCAUAUGCUAAUAAAAAAGACAAAAAGGAUGAAAGAAGAAAGAAAGCAACAGAGGGCAGUGGAAGCGUGAGAGGAGGAGGAGGUGGUAAUGCUAGAGAGAUCAAGAUAAAGAAAACCAAGAAAAAAGGAAGAAAGGACGCUGACAGCGAUGAAGAGUUGCAAGCAACUAGCACAGGUAGGAACAAGCAGCCAGAGUUCUCUUUCAUGUCACAAGAGGAAAUUGAGGAUGUUUUAACGACCCACAUGCAGGAUUGCCCUGAAGAGCUUAUUACAGAACUUGCUGAACAUCUAAUAAGACCUUUAACAAAAACUUACCAGGAAGUUGUACGUUCUGUUUUUACAUCUUCCACAUCUUCCUCUGGAGCUAGCAGAAGGCAGACUAUGAAGGACUUGCAGGAGGAAUUCUCAAACUUGUACAACAACAUUCGGUUAUUUGAAAAGGGAACAAAGCAUUUCACAGAUGAAGCUCAGAAUAACCUUGCCAAACACCUGCUGAAGACUGUCUGUACAGACAUUACAAAUCUUAUUUUCAACUUCCUAGCAUCUGAUUCAAUGAUGACAACAGAAAAUUAUGCUGCAAUCACAAGUGAGGUCCGGAUGAAAAUUUUAGGAAAAUUGCCGGAAGAGACCAAAGAUCCUUUAAUUAAACUGCAUACUUCUCUUAAUGGCAAGAGUGUAGAAGAUUUUCUUUCAUGCCUUGAUUCUGCAGUGGAUAUUUGUGGUAUUAUGGUGAAAAAAGGAGACAAAAAGAAGGAAAGGCAAGUCCUGUUUCAGCACAGACAAGCUCUGAUUGAACAGCUGAAAGUCACAGAAGAUCCUGCUCUUGUUCUGCACCUCACAUCAGUCCUGUUAUUUCAGUUUUCAACCCACUGUAUGCUUCAUGCACCAGGAAGAUCAGUACCACAGAUCAUUAAUUUUCUAAGUGGCAAGAUUCCAGAGGAUCAACAUUCUCUGUUAGUCAAAUACCAGGGAUUAGUAGUGAAACAGCUGAUCAGCCAGACUAAGAAAACUGAACAGGGAGAUGGUGACCAAGCAGAUAACCAGGAAGAGGAGGAAAGAGCAGAUACCAUUCGAAAAGAGCUCCAGGAAAUCACUACCUCUAUCAAGGAUCUUGUUCUCAGACCUAGGAAAUCAUCUGUAACAGAGGAAUAGAAUUAUUAUUCAGUGCGUCCAAAUCCAUAAUACAGCCAGAAUUUAUUUUUUUUAGUCCUUAAGGGAAGAAUGGUGGAAAAUGCUUGACAAAUUUUAAAAUUUUUCUUCUAACAAUUGCAAAAUGCAGCUGGGGAACACGGGUGAUGAUGGGAAAUGAGUGUCUCGUUACAAUGUAUGUGCAACCCACACUAAAUGUGGACACUUGGGGUACGAAAUCAGUGGGUUCUAUCUAACUGGCAUCUUCAUGUGAAGCCUUGAGUAAUGUUUUUUCUUUAAGUAACAGUUCUAUAUACACACAGGCUUAUAGUUUUACUUCUCUGGAUUUACAGUGGUCUAAGGAUUGCAUAUAAAUGUAUAUAAGCCUGUAUAUCUUUAUGUCAAAGACUAGAUUUGAAACAUACUGAUGCCUAAUAAUGCAACAAAUGAAAAGACAUCUUAUUUUUUAAUAUCAUUAGUGGAUAUUUUCAGCUUCUGUUCACUGGCCUGCAACUGUAAAAACAUUGAGCACAAGUGCUAAGCUUAAGAGAAGUGACCUAGGGCUAAUGUGAGUUUCUAAAUGUACAGAAAGCAGAUGAAAACAGCACACUCAUGCUGUUCAUGUCUUCUGUUAAUGUUUGUAAUAGCAGUUGAUUUAAAACUUGUAAUUGGGACAGAGGAGGUGAUACCCUUUUGCACUGGUAUUUUAGGAGUAUUUAGAGCCUAUUUCUCUUGCUUUAUUUAGGUCCUGCUCUAUUUUACAUGCAAUAAAUUCAUUCAGUGAACUUGUUGAGUUCUUAGUCCAGUUCCCACAGCAGUUAGAAGCACUUGCAUUCUGUCAGCUCCCUGAGAGAUCUUCUGGUAUUCUGUUUAUCCUCUGAGUUCCUUAAAAAUUUUUAGUUUAAGAUCUUUCUACAUAAACUUUAUAGAACAAAUAUUGGGUUAAGUCUUUCCCUUGAGUUUUUUACCAGCCUUACUUUUACAUGAGCAGUAUUUUGUGUUUUCAAGAAAGUGGAAAAAUGCAUAAAUUAGAGUUCUGCCACAAGAAUAUACAUUAUUCUUGUAUAUCAAAUAUGCUUCUAACUUUUUUUUUAGGAGAAGAUAAUUUUUGAACCAGAAAUAUUUUACUGGAGUAGUGCUCAUUGAUUUCCUAUGUGUAAUUUCAGGUAUUUUUAAUAAAAUCAGUUUGAGUAGUAAAACAAGAAGCAGAGUUCUUUUGACUAAAAGUGUUUUUCACCAAGUCUUGCCAAAAUUCUUCAGUGCUGAAAGAAAGAAAAUUCUGUGCAAACUCUACUCUGUUCAAAUAUUUGUUUUCCACCAGUUGAUGUAUUCUGCAAGUGUAAUCAGAAAUCUGCCCAAGCCUGAGUUUUCAGCAAAUGAAAGUUGAAGUGGCCAAAUACUGAAGCUCAGUAACAGAUUAACUAAGGUUGAAUUCUAUACACAUAUAGAAGGCAGAAGUGUUUAACAAUAUUCACAUCAGUGCUGAUCUUUCAAAAACUGCAAAGCAAAACAUUUUGCCAGCUGUAAGACUGAGGUAGGGGGGUAGUUGUUCACCUUCCCUCAGCUGGUGGCUAUCAUAGAUGAUAAUAAAGAACUAUGAGGACUAGGAGAUGAAAAAUAUUCAGGCUGUUUAACUUCUUUUUAAAAAAAGAGUUUUCAUACAGGGAAUAGAUUUUCUUGCUUGUUAUUUAGGCAGAAUAAUUAUGAAAUUCUUACAUUGAAUGUAAAGGAUUUUGUACAACAUUUAGCUAUUUUGUAAAUAAUGAGCCCUAUGAUGUUCUGUAUGCAAAUAUGAAAUUAUAUUAAUAAUAUUAAAGGACGAAGUAUUUAAAAUGCAUUCUGGUAACUUAACCAAUGGUUGAUGAUCCUGCAAUUUGCAGCUUUCAGACAGCAUUUGUUAAUAUGCACCAUUUGAUUUAACAUGGCAUUUGGAGUGUACUAUUGUUUGAUACUGUUUUAAGCUGGAAUAAUAAUGAACUUAUUAUGAAAUUUACUAUAUGAUGUGUCAAACUUGCUGUAUGUUUGCCGAUGUUAUAAAAAUGAUUAAAAAUAUAUAUUCUUGGAAGCAGGUUGAGAGACGCACUAAAAUUCAGAGAUAUUUUCUGGAUUCAGAAAUUCAACAAGACAGGUUGGAAAACCUGCCUAAAUGUUUUUAUUCCAUCUUAGAUGUGGCAAAUUAGUCUUUAGUUUAUGAAAUUGGGGUAUUUUGAGAGAUAAAAGAAAAGGAAUAUGCACAAAUGCCUCAACAUUUUGCUAGUUCAGGGUUUUUUUUCCUCUCUAGGAGGAAUGUAUUUGGGAGGAAGAGUGACCUUGUCUUAAAAACCAGAGCUUCAGUUCACAAAGCAAAAUUGCCCUUUGGAGAACCUAGGAAAACAGAAGGCAAUAGAAACUUAAUCAAAUUAACCCUCUUAAUUUUGUUUUACUUACUAAGUAUCACUGUCAUGUGCCCUGCACCUAUGGUGUUUAAAUACCACCAAUAUAUUUUUAUAGACUCAUAAAUCUAACAUUUUAAAACACACGUAUGUGUAUAUACACUAAUAUUUAUAAAUGUUCAUCUUGCAGCCUCAUUUGCUGUUUCUCUCAGCAUUAGCCAUUGCUUACUGUGAUACCUUUCUCAGCAGCAGCC